UCUGAAUUUUUUUAUUCUAGGUCAAUGAUUGAUGAGAUAAUUCGAAGUUUAGCUCAGUCUAUUAAGUCAUUUUCGCUUCUUUCUUUGCGUUUCCUAAAAACAUCAGAUCACCAUGUGUAGACUCUGCUGUCUGCAGUUGUGAAUCUUUAACACAUAAUUAUGUUAUUAUUGUGGGUUUUGUCUAGUUUUUUAUUGGGAGAAUUUAUUUUAAUGUUUUGGGCUGAAAUUAUUGUGCAUAAUUAAUUGGUGUUUGGUUUGCUUCUACGCACACGGGAAAUGGGUUUGUGGACACUGCUGGAGGGCUGCCUGCUUCUUGCAAAUGCACUGGCCAUAUUAAAUGAAGAUCGUGUGCUUGCCCCCAGGGGGUGGAGCUUCCAGGAAUAUUCUGGUGUUAGGAGAAAAUCGUUAAAGGGGCAAAUCAUUGGUCUCAUUUAUGCUGCACAGUACUUAAGAGUGCCUCUUAUACUUCUCAACUUGCUCUGCAUUCUUGUGAAGCUGGUAUCUGGAUGAUUUCUCGUUGGAGGACUCGUUUUGCUUAGCAGAAAUGAUACUCGAUGCGGAGAUUCAUUCAAUUAAGUGUGGAAAAAGAUGUUCGUCUGGAGAAAUGGAACUUUUUUACUGUAUUUUCCAAAUAACAAUAUGUUUUCGUUCUAAUCUUGGUUCGGUUGUUUAAUUUUAUAUCCUUUGUUCGUUGAAGUAAUUUUACAUUAUAUGAGUGGUUUCCUUAUGGUUGUAGAACAUGUUGAUCAUCUUAUGGCAGAUUUUACUCCCUUGAUAAUUUGUAUUAUUUUCGGUAAGAAGAGGAACCAUUGCGUGUAUGCUUGA